CAGAGCUGGCUGAAGCAAGUACUAGGUAUCAAUUGAGGAUGCAGCGGCCGCGUCUUCUACCACGUAAGGCGAUAUGCCUGCGUUCGGCUAGCUAUCUCGGUACGACCCAUAGCGCAAUGCCUAAUUUAAAUCAAUUAGGUACCGUACAACCCUCGAGAAAUAGUUGUUGUUGUUGAAACCCUUUCUCGGCUGCAUAUCCUCAAUCCAAGGUCAUGGAGAACGGGGUUAUACAAGAUGUCCGCAUGGACAAACAGACCCGUCUUCCUAUUCUCCAACAAAUCUCCUUUGGUGUCACUGUCUAUUCCAUUCAAAUAUUGAACACGAUCGUCCAUUGGUACAGAGAACGGACCACUCCUUCCAAGUUCACCCCGAACAUCAUUAAAUAUUACCAAUGCCGACCAUCAUUGUCUGUUAGAAUAUUCUUUCCCAAGUCGUAUGAUCCGAAUACCUCUCAGGCACCUCUUCCCACUUUAUUCAGCAUUCAUGGAGGGGGUUUCUGCUUCGGCGAUCCAAGCAACGACGACAAAUGGAAUUCGAACUUCGCUAGCAUGCACAAUGUGCUAGUUAUCUCCCUCAAUUACCGCAAAGCCCCUUCUUAUCCUUUUCCGACUGCUACCUAUGACCUCGGGGCCCUAAUGCUAGCUACGUUCGACGACGAGAGCCUUCCGAUAGACAAGAGUCGUAUAGCCGUUGGCGGAUUCUCAGCAGGCGGGAGCUUGACGCUCAGCGUAUGCCAAUUACCCUCGAUCCGGGAGAAAGUGAAGCCCAAGGCUGCGAUACCUAUAUAUGCUGUAGUAGAUAAGAGUAUACCAAUGGAGAUCAAGACGCAGACGCGAUACUACAAGCCCGACCUAGGCUCCGGUAUGCGAGCCGAAUCCACUGACUACUUAGAGGCAAUGUCUCCCAUGUUUUUCUGGAGCUACAUCAACCCGGGGACCGACCUCAAAGACCCACUGCUUUCGCCGUAUUUCGCCCCUCGCGAUACCCUACCCCCGCACAUCUUCUUCAUCUCCGCAGAGUUAGAUCAACUGGUACACGAAUCCUGGUGUAUGGCGAGCAAGAUAGCGGGACGACCAGAACCCACAUUCUCAGAAAGAGCGGGUCGAGAGAAGCGAUCUGCUGGGAAAGGAGAGCUCAUUUUGGACGACGAGAGGUUCGCAUUUGAGCAUAAAGACGAGGACGGGAAGAGUAGCGUGCGGUGGUUACUAGUACCAGACCAGAUCCACGGGUUUGAUAAAUUGCCGGAGAAGUGGCAGGGCGAAGAGGGCUUUGAGGAUGCAGGGUUGAAGGAGACGGCUUAUCAGAAACUCGCGGGGGAGUGGUUAUAUGACGUCGCAUGGAAAUAAAUAGAGAGCACUGAGUAAGUCAGGUCUUACAUUCCUGCAUUCCGAAUUCCAAUCGAAAUAGAUAUUAGAGUAUCCACCCUUAAACCCUAUUUUCUUCAACUCUUAAAGUUCCGCUAAUGUACCAUCC